UCGUCAGACUGCGAGAGACAAUUCAUUGAAACGGCACUUGUGUAACGUGGUCAUUGUCCGGGACGUCGACGAUUUUUUGUAACGUUUCGACGGGGAGUUUUUAGUCAGAUUUACUAACUGUAAUUUAGUGCGGCUAUGCGUUGAACUUCAGCUACGUUUUAUUUAAGUUUAAUUUUUUUUCUCGAUCUGCGACUGACACCCUGUAUCCGAACUUGUGGAGAAGUGAGCGUGUGGAAUGGCGAAUAAAAUUGCAAAUUUGUGGGAGAAUUUCGUCAACAAAUUCUUCCUGUUCGCACCGACCUUUGUGGUGUGUUUAACCUUCCUGCCAUGCGGCCUCAUAUUCGGCUACACGAUAUGCUCGCUGAUCGCAGAACGCAACGUCAACGCCGGGCUCAUCGAGUACGGUCCAAUGAUAUUUGGCGGUUGCACCGGCUUCGUCAUUGCGCUCAUCAUGUUUUUGGUGAAAUUCCUCAAGGGACGCAUCAUAUUUUGGCAUAUUCCGAUUCUGCUGUGCGCGGGCGUUAGCAAUUUGCUGGCGAGCUGUUUCUACUUUGCUAAUGACAUGGACACAGCUGGCGCUUUCAUCUCCUACUUCGCGUAUAGCUUGAACUACAUAGCUGGCUUGAGCUUCCUGCACACAACGCUACAUAAACGCAGCCGUUCCAUAAUGCUCGCGCUUGCAUUUUGCAUUUUUCUACUUGGCACCGCCGCGGCGGUUAGCCUUAUUGGCACCAGCUACACGAAGCCUGACGACACAGGCAAUACAAGCACCAAUGAAGUGCCGGAUGGACUCUAUGUGGGUUUCGCUGGUCUCUACUUAUCCAUUUCGAUUGUGAUUUUGGGCGUACUCAUCGGUUUGAAGGUUUUGGAUUUUUAUGGCGUUGUCGAUUGUCAGAAUAUUUUGGAUAAUGAAUUUCGCAUUGCCAACUCCAACGGCAGCAUAUUUGAUAAGCGUACGGAUAUCAUUAAGCGUGUCAAGUUUCUUUAUGUCACUAAAAAUCAACAAUGGAACGUCACGCUGGUUGUGCUCUUCACCGAAGCGAUACAGUAUGCGCUCUUUGUAUACUAUAUCUUCUGGUUUGUUAUGAAUCCAGGCAUACGGCUAACGCCAGUGGACAAUGUGGACGCUAUGUUGUGGGUGGUGUUCGCCGGUUCGGCUGUAUGUGUGCUGGCCAUGGUUUUCUUUAGUGUGAAAGUCACGUUUGUAGCAAAUGAGAUUUGUCUAAUAAUUUUAACAAUACUGAGCAUGAUCAUAUGCUCAUCGGUGGAUACGAAAUUACCACUUUGGUUCAUACUACUUUUCUUUGGUUUAUCAUUUUGUAAUUUGCAAAUUUCCAUUGUGGAAGUCUCGCAUUUUCGCUUUACCGAGUUGCUUUUCUUCGUGUCGUAUUCGGCGAAGUUGCUAAGUACCAGCAUGGUGUACUACUAUUUCGUCUCCAAUUCGAAAAAUUCAUUUUUCUACGCAGACGAUCCGAGCACGAUUAUGGCGCAGGGCUUUGUGUACCUCAUAAUCACAGCACUGGUUGCACUCGUGGUGGGCGUAAAGGUGCCGCGCACCUAUUGCAUGACACUGUUCGAAAUACAAUACGAUUUGCUGGGCGUAAUAUUCAAACAACACGAGAUUGAGCAGCUGGAUGUGACGUGUCUGCACGAUGGCUCGAUCCCGACGAUAAGUGCGCAUGCACAUUAUUGAGUCCAGGCAUAUACAACAAUGUAAAUAUGUAUACAUUUUUAAUAUAAACAAUUAUUUUAGAACGAGAUUUUAUGUAUUUAUACUUAAUUAUUGUGUUAGACUAAGUUUAC